AUGAGUGGAACAUCGAGGACAGAGGUGGCAAUGAAGCUGGAGUGUGGCGGGAAGAAUGCAUGUUCCAAGGUUUUCAUGAGAGACAUUGACUUGUCUCCAGCCAAUGGCAUUGAUUCUGUCUCUUCCCUCUGUACCUUUGUUGAAGGCUCAGCUCAAGGCACCAUUCGACCUUCCUCCUGUCUCCUCCACUAA